AUGAGACAGAGGUCCUCGCAUCUACCAAAAACUUUUCUAGGUUGCUUACCUUUGUACAUCGGUGUUGAUAUCUCCCUGGGUGUUACCAUAUUCAACAAAUGCAGCGGAGCCUACGGUAUCCUAGCUCUCUUCACAGGACAUCCACUCGAGUUCAUGCAGUGGGUCAUGUACCUCUGGUCGAUAGCAACCCUGUGCGUUUACGCACAGGGUCUCUUCCAAAAACACAGGCCUAAGCUGUUGACAUUCUCGCAGAUCUUUGUCACAUUCAGCAUCGACACCAUUUUGACAUGCCUAUUUACAUUGUGGUUCACCCACAGCUGGUACUCUCUCGAAGGCAGCUCCAAGGAGAACAGCUCUACUGGAACAAGCGACGGGAUCCAAGAGGCAAACCAAGGUGCUUCCCAAGCAGUCGAAUACGGCGCCACCCUAUUCAUAACGCUUGUCUCGCUCAUUUCCAAGCUCUACUUCAACUUUCUUCUUGCCUCUUAUGUGCAAGAACUGCUCCUACAUCCUAAAUACAUGGUUGACCAGGAUGACGUCGAGCAAGAUCUCAAGCAUCAGAGGCCCUGGAAGCGUUGGUGGAUCAAAUCUCAGAAGAUCUGUUACAAGUUCUCGAAGAAUCUAUUAGCAUAA